AUGACGACAAACAGGAUCCCCGUCACCACCCCCUACCUGGCUGUCAGAGUCACGGAAGGCCAGGAGACGAUUUGCCUGCCCCAAGCUCAUCCUCGACAACAGGGUCCUCUGACGCUGGGGAGGGAACUACGGCUCUGCCAGCUGUACCUCCGCAGGGCGCUUCCAGUCCAACGCCUGAAUCGAGCCAUCCCAAUUGCGGUGGAGGAGCUGAGAAGGCAGGCGUUGGCUUUGCGCGGAGAUUGGGAGGAUGAGGUGGCGUACGUGAGGGAGUCCGUUGGCCACCUCAUCGUGAAUCAACCGGCUCCUCCUGCGCAGUCACAAAUCAGAAAGUGGGCGACAAUUGCACGACACAAUUUCCGCGCUCGGUCACGUGCGCAGCUGCGUGAGGCCGCAAAACAGGAGUCGACGGCAGACGCCAUAGUGGCGGCAAUGCGCGCCGCCGGGGUGGAUAUCUCGAGCUCUGGAGGAGACCGCUCGCCGCCACCCGGAACUAGGGAAAAAGCGUCCGUUACAGGCGGUGGCACAAGCACCCCAGGUGCGGCAAGCGGCAGUGCAAUCGGUGCAGAGACCACGCCAUCUCUCGAGCAGUACGGAAUUCAGAAGCUGAGAAAACAAGCGCAGGAGCUUAAAGCGACCUGGGGAAAUGGGGAUCAUUACGUCGAUAGCCAAGUUGCGAUGCGUCUGGCGCGAAGUGUCAAUACCAAUCCGUCUGACCGCCUUGUGAACGAGUGGAGAUAUCAGGCAAGACGAACGUACAGACGAAGGGCACCACAGCGGGUGGCUCGCGCAGCCGCUCUAGAGGCCUUGGCAAAAGAGUGGGAGGGCCGGAUUGCCUCAGGAGCCAUCGUGCACGGUGACCCAGACGAAGGCACCUCCUCUGGGACAGGAGCACCUCAACAAGCUCCGGGAUCCGAGAGGCCGACAGGUCGUCCAGCCGCACGCCGCCGUGGCGGACCGAAAAAGCCACCAACAGACGACAUAGAGGCAGCUGUGGCCGCGGCCGUUCCAGCUGGGAUCAGCGGUCUUCCCGCUGCAGAGCUGGUGGGCUCAUUACGCGGAACAGUGCUUGGUGCAACUGUUGCUCUGCCAGGUUUGGGCGAAGUGCCUUACAUCCAACUUGCCAUUGAGAAGUUUAGGCAUGACGCCAGAGCACUGCGGAGCAAAUGGAUGAACAACGAGGAUUAUGUAAGAUGUCGAAUUGCCGACCACAUGCUGCAUGAGAAGAAACGAUCACCGGCACCGAAAGACGUCCACAAAUGGAUAAACGCAGCACGCCGCUGCUACAGCGACAUAGGUAAAAUGCGCGCUCAAGAAGGAGCCGACUUACUCUCGGUUGCCGAGAAUCUAGAGCAGAGGGCUAGAGCAGAAGGCAUCAUGCCACGAAGCUCCGAGGAACCAUCAACGCAUGAAGCGGAAUCUCCUGGUCAUCGUCCACCUCCACCAACCCCAGGAACAUCAGGCGGAUCCCCACACGAACCGCCGCCUGCAAGGCCUGGCGUGACCUUUGCGCACCUUGCCAUCGCCAGCCUACGGAGAGAUGCACAACAAAUACGGGAGGCGUGGGGCCGCGGCGAGGAGUUUUUUGUUGCCCAGCGGGUUGCUGAACGCAUGGUCCGUCAGAGCGAUCCAUCGCCAGCCCCCGCCACCCUGCAACAGUGGGUGUACCGCCUUCGAUCAUUUUAUCGUGAACGUUCCGCAGAACAAGAAAAAAGGGUGCGCCAGCUGGAGGCUCACGCAUUCGCCCUGGAACAGGAACUCCACAGCCUGAUCUCGCCUGCAUCCAGCCAGGAGCCCGAACCGGCGGCUGACCCCGAAUCGACUGGUGAGUCUCCGUUGCCGCCGUGGACACACUUCGAUCCAGCAAUCACUCCGGCUCUCUCCAACACACACCAUGUCGUUGACACCGGGCAUAUAGAGUACCUGGUGUGA